UUUGUUCGAAUUUGAAGAGAGUAAAGAGUAAGAACAUGGAUCUAGGGGACCUACUGCGGCAGGCCCAGCGCCUCACAAAUGACACCAAAAUGGACGAGGAAAUGCCGCGCGUCGAUCGCACCAUUUCACAAGUAUUGCAGGCCACACAGGAACUUCACUCCCGUGUGACUCUCACAGGCACACACGAUCUGCAAGCGCACAUGCUGCUGGGCUCCAAGGGCGUGGAUCUGCCAAAGCUGACGCAGAAACUAGAAUCGCUGAGCUCGCGCAAAACCUUUGAGCCGCUGGACCCCGUCUCGGACACCGAUGUGCGCGCCUUUCUGAGGAACGAGCGCGAGAACGCCAUACUGUCUGUGAUCGAUGAGACCAAUCGUUCGAUUUUCGAGUCGGUGGAGAGGCAAAAGUGGCGCCGCAUCUACGCCGAGUGGGGUGAGGAGAAGGAGUCUCUGCUGAAUGCCCUCGUUGGGCCCAAACAGGAUGAAUUUCCCGAUGUUCAGCGCCAGUCUGUGUCCACAACUCUGCCCGAGAAUCCCACUCCACGUUCCCUGCUCAAUCGCACCGAGCAGCUGUAUGCCGAGGAGGUAGCCGCUUACAACCAGUCACAAAUCCAGCGAGGCCAUCGCUCCAACCUGCUGGAAGCGUGCGCCCGUCUGGCAGAGGAAAGGCUCGACAAUCCGCUGGUCGCCGAAAUGUGGAGCGUGCUGCAGUUCAUGACCGACAAUGGGCCAGCCACACGCACCGUAGAUCCCAUCAAGUCGCGUCAGUCCCUGACCCAGCAGGCACGCACCUAUCUGGAGCGUCGUUACAAGCAGUACAUGAAAACGGUCAUCAACGAGAAUCGUGUACUGGCCAAGCGCGGCGGCAUACCCAGCGUCUAUCACAUGGUCAACUCGUUUGUGGGCAUCAAUUUCGUGCAGCCAGCCACUCUGGUCGGCCUACAGGAUGUCAAUAACGGCCGUCCGCUGUGGGCCCUCGUCUACUACAGCCUGCGUUGUGGCGAUCUGAGUGCGGCCAGUAAAUAUCUGCAGGAAGCUGGCGUCUGCAGUGAUCUGUUCCGUUUGCUUGCCAUGAUGAAGGACGGCACCAAGGGCGAGCAGUAUGCCCGACUCGAGGGUGUCCUCAAGCUGGAGUACAACAGUAAAAUGCGCAGCUGCAGCGAUCCAUACAAGAAGGCGGUUUAUGCCUAUGUGUUGGCUUGCGAUCCACAGAACUCCCAUCCGGAACUAAUGCGCAGCAUCGACGAUUUCCUGUGGAUGCAACUGUCCAUAUUGCGGGAGGACAACGAGCGUGAGUACAACAUCGAACAGCUCACCUACAGCGGCCUGCAGAGCCUCAUUCUGGAAAAGUACGGAGAGAACUACUUCAAUGCGCGCGAAAAGGCGCCCCUCUACUUCAGUGUGCUCAUCCUGACGGGCCAGUUUGAGUCGGCCAUUGAGUUUCUGGCCCGCACAGAGGCGACUCGACCGCACGCCGUGCACAUGGCCAUUGCCCUGAAUGAGAUACACAUGCUGAACACACCGAGCUCCAUGCAUCAGCCGCUGAUUAGCGUCAAUCCCGAGGAUCCGACGCCCAUGAAGCGCCUCAAUUUGGUGCGCAUGCUGGUGACUUAUGCCAAGUGCUUUGAGCUGACCAACACCAGGGAGGCGCUUCACUACUACUUCCUGUUGCGCCACUUCAAGGACGACAACGGCAGCAGCCUGAUGCUCAGCUGUGUCAGCGAUUUGCUUGUCGAGACCUGUGACCAGCAAAUGAUUGAGCUGAUCUUUGGCAGCGAAACGGAUAAAUCCGCACAGAGCGGCAUCUUUGCCCAGUUCCAUACCAUGGACUUUGACAAGUAUAUGCUGGCGGGCAUGGUGGGGGAUAAGCUGGCGCAUCGCAGCAAUUUCGAAACAGCCAUUAAGCUGUACUUUAUCGGUGGCCAGCUGGAUAAGGUGAUGCGUUUGGUGUGCUCGCUGCUGUCGCAGGUGGUCCAUCAGUCGCCGAAGGAGUCGAGCGUGCGGAAUCGCUUGGUCCCGAUUAUCGAUCGGCUGGACGAGCUGCGUUCCGUGAUGCGUGUGGAUGUGGAGCCGCAUGUCCUGGCCACGUACACAAUGCUGACGCAGCUGCUCAUCUUCUUCGAUCACUACCACAACAAGGACUCGCAGCUGGCCACCGACGUGCUGGCCAAUUAUCGCAUAACGCCCAACAACUGCUCGGAGGUGGACGAGUGUGUGGCAAAUCUAAAGCGGCUCGGCCCGGAGGUGGCCAAAGUGCUGCCCGACAUAAUGCUGGCCGCCAUGGAUCUGGUCUACCAGGAGUAUUUGCAGCUGAAAGGCGUCAGCGCCACCAGCAGGUCCUCCUUUGGCAGCCGCGACAGCACCCAAACGGACGACUGGAAGGACGUCAACAAGGAGGGCUCCCUCCGCCACUUGCGCACCAAGGCCAAAGCACUCACAAAUAUGGCGGCCACGGUGCCCUAUCGCAUGCCCACGGCCACCAACAAGCGUCUCGUUCAGCUGGAGAUUCUCAUGCAUUAAAAUUAAACGGAAAAUGAAAAUGAAUACACGCCAAGAAAGAUCCUUUCGUAUAUAAAUGCA